UCUGCAGAGUGAGGGGAAAACUGACUCUUGUGCAAGUCCCUUGCACGGGGCCCGGCCUCUGUCCCUUCCCCAGCCCCCGCCCCGGCACCAGUGUGACGGCACUGCCGGGAUGCUCACUCAACUCGGUCUCCAGACCAUCAUGGGGUGGCGGUGGCCACCGCUGCUGCUGCUUCUCGUCCUGUUCUCGGGCUCAGAGCUCGGCUGGACCGUCCCCACCGUAGUGACGGGGGUAGAGGGCCAGACCCUCUCCAUCUCCUGCCCCUAUGACCGGAAGGUGCACUGGAGGCGACUGAAGACCUGGUGUCGCCAGGGCGCCGGAGGGCAGUGCCAGCCGGUGGUGAGCUCCCAUCACUCCUGGUUCUCCUUCAUGAGGAAGUGGAAUGGCAGCACGGGCAUCAUGGACGACACGCUGGCCGGGAUCCUCACCGUCACCAUCCAGAAUCUCCGCCGGCAGGAUGGCGGGCUCUACCAGUGUCAGAGUGUCCACAGGGGCAUGGCAGGCACCCUGAGGAGUGUCCAGGUGGAUGUACUGGAUGGCCCAUCGCUGGAGCCUCGGAUCUCCGGGGAGCCCCCCACAAUCUUGGAGCAGUCCCCCGAGCAGGCCCUGGGCCCUGGGCAGGCCCUAAUCGAGCACAGCGUUUCCAGAAGCCCCUCUGAGUUGGGAGACCUGCUGCCUGCCAACUUCCUCCUCCUCUUGACCGGCCUCCUGGUCAGCAAGAUUCUGACUGCCAUGGGCCUCGUCACCCUGGCCCGCUGCCGGAGGAGCCAGGAUCCAGAUGCGGAGGGUGGGCAGAGCGACGUCCACCCGCUCCAGCCUCGGCCAGGGGGAAGUGAAUCCUGACAGAGCGGAGACAGGACCAAGCCACAGGGAAUGGAGGGAAAGGAACAGCCUCGGAUAGCCGCCCCCUCCCCUUCCGCAACCUUCCCCCAAACCCUCUGCCCUGCCAGCCAAGUCCCACAACCCCACUCCUUCCCGGGUAGAGCAACAGCAUUUGCUGAGCAUCUACUGGAUCGCUGGGAAGCAGCAUGGCAUAGUGGACUGAGCACGUGCCUGGGAGUCAGAAGGUCAUGGGUUCUAAUU